AUGAUUUAUAUCGCGGGCAUCUUGGGGCAAACCUUCUCAGGUGGAAACUUGGGCGGCUUAUACGCCAGUCGUCUCGUAGCUGGUCUGGGCAUAGGUGUUACGACUAUUCUGCCGCCCAUCUACCUUUCAGAAAUUGCCCCUCGCUCGAUCCGCGGUCUCCUUACCUUGCAAUACGCAUGUUGCCAGCAGCUCGGCGUCGUCUUCGGAUUCUUUUUCAACUACGGCAUCACGAAGAAUUACGCCGGCACUCAGACGCAGUGGAUGUUGCCUACCGCACUUCAGAUAGUCCCCGCCGUAAUCUGGGGCGUUGGAACCUUCUUCACCGCCGAGACGCCACGCUACCUCCUCUCGAAGGGUAAGGUAUCUGAGGGCACGGCUGCCUUGGUCAAGCUCCGCAGGUUGCCUGAGGAUCACCCUUACAUCCAGGAUGAGAUCAAUGGCAUCCAAGCUCAGAUUGCGCUCGAGACGGAGAUUGUUGCGGGCGCUUCGGCUCUGAGCCUCGUGAAGGAGACGUUUGGUGACAUCCGCAACAGACGCCGAUUCUUCCUCAUGUUUCUCUCCCACUUGUUCUCUCAGUGGUCCGGCGCGAACGCCAUCACACAGUACAGCCCCAGCAUCUUCGGCUACCUUGGCAUCCAGGGCGAGGAGUCUCGGUUCCUUGCCACGGGUCUGUACUCCAUUGUGAAAUUCGUUUCAACCUUCGUUGUCUCCAUCUUCGUCAUCGACUUCAUCGGAAGACGUCGCUCGCUAAUGACAGGCAUCUGCGGACAAAUCACCACGCUGGCUAUCGUUGGUGCCUUCUUGGGUGCCACGAAUGGGCGAAGCGCUACAGAUAUUGCCUCGGAUCCCUCCGCGCGUCGAGCCAGCGAGGUUGCGAUCGCGGCCAUUUACGUUCAUGCUAUCUCGUGGUCGGUCGGCUGGUUCUCUAUACCUUACCUCGUCUCGGCUGAAGUGUUCCCCAUUCGUAUCCGCUCAUUCAACGUGUCUAUCCUUAUGGCUUUCCACUGGGCUUUCUACUUUGGAUGUUCGCGGGCCAUGCCGUCUCUCCUGGCUGCCACCGAUAGAUAUGGAGCAUUUGCCUUCUUCGCGAGCAUCUGUGUUAUCUCACUCACCUACGUUUUCUUCGCUAUGCCGGAGACGUCUGGUCGCUCGUUGGAGUCGAUGGAGUCCUUGUUUGACAGACCUUGGUACACGGUUUGGAAGGUGGCCUACGCCAGGCCUGAGGAUAUGGUGCACUCCGCACGUCCUCCCAGCACGGAUGAUGACUUGGAGAAGUCUAAGGUGGUGCACGACAACUAA